AUGGAUGGGGACACCUGUGAUGACAAGUUCUCAUGUUUGAAUGAAAACGAUGAGGAUACUGAACUUGAUGACUGGUUACCGAAAGAUGCUGACCUUAUAAAGAAAAUGGUCUCUCAGAUAGAAUAUUACCUCUCUGAUGAGAACUUGGCCAAAGAUGCAUUCCUCUUAAAGCAUGUUAGGAGGAAUAAGAUGGGCUAUGUGAAUAUUAAAUUGCUCACAUCCUUUAAAAAGAUGAAACACUUGACGAAAGACUGGAGAGUCACAGCCUAUGCUCUGCGUCAUUCGACAAAACUUGAGGUUAAUGAAGAGGGCAACAAAGUGCGUCGAAUUGACCCUGUGCCAGAGUCUGUUCUCUCCCAGGUGCCGAGCAGACUCCUGCUGAUCUGGAACAUCUCAGGGCUCCCCCUCAAAGAAAACAUUCCCACCCAGGGCAGGAGCAGUAUGGAGAUGGCCAUUUGUCUUAUGGAGCCGUACGGCUCCAUCACCACGGUACGUGUCAAUCGACCAGGGAGGGAACUGCCUCCAGAGAUCCAGAAGUACACCUACAGGUACCCCGAGCUUUUCACCCAGGAGAGUGUUCUGGUGGAGUUUGAGGAUCUUGAAGGGGCUGGACGUGCCUAUCACCACUUAUCUCAGUCUGAGGGCAAUCUAAAGGUGGUGUUGGUGGGAAAAACGUCCAAGAAGAAGGUGAGUGUGGAGGGUGGUGUGGGGUGUGCUGAGGAGAGGAGCGGAGGGAAAGGGGUUGCUAUCCUGAACAGGCGGAUGGAACAGCUUCAGUCUCGGGGAGAGGACUCCUCAGCCUAUAGCUCCUCUGAGUCUGAGUUUGCCUGCUCUUCUCCGCUGCACAUCCCUCGCUUCUCCUCGGGUCAGAUAUGCAGUAGCCCCUGGGGCAGCCCACGCUCCAGCCCCAGGUCCAGUCCCAGAGUGCGCCACGUUUCCCUGCCGGCCCCUCGUGUGUCACCGCUCCUAGCCUCUGCAAUGUGGGGGAGCCCAGACACCAGCCCUGAGCUGGGACGACGGAACCAUGAAGCCUCACCGAACAACAGCACUGCUUCUGUGAGCCCCUGGGUACAGAGGGGCAAACUGUCUACCAUCCAAGCUCCAGCCCAGGAUGAGAACCCCAGACAGGGUCGGAUGGGGACGAAGAGGGUCCUGAACGGAGACACCCUGCCAGCUGGAGUCCUUCGUCUUCCAUACGGCCCUGAUGGGAGCAGGGGUUUUCAUGCCACAGUAAUCGGAAGGAGACUUCACCAUUCUCUCAAAAUAUGA